AUGAGUGGCGGCAGCCCGUGGCCGCCGCCGACCGGCAAAACGCAGACGCACUCGAUCCCCGGGGCUUUGGACGACCCAUCAUCCACAGGCUCGCCGAUACGCUCCUGUGCCGUUCCUCCUCCCAAUCCUGCGCCGACCUCCGAUACUCCACCUCCGACCUCAACAUCGGAGUCAACCCCGCCUCCCACGCCACGACUCCGGGCGUGGGACCUCGACCACAAAGUGCGCCCGUGGCAGGUCCAGUAUCCUCCCAAGCCUCAAGGGGACAAGAACUCACCGCCAGCAACGCUGGUUAUGUGCGCUUCCCCCGAGCCCAUGUCGGAUUCGGAACGUGUCGCGCCCGACUAUGCCAUGCCGAUGUCGACCGAGGAACGCAGGGCGCGCUGGCCGUGGCCGCUCCGUCCGCCCGAGCCGAUCACGAGGCGGGGCAAGUCGUCUAAACAGCUUCUGAGCACAGGGCCGCUGUGCGAGUCGCCCGAGCCGAUUUCCAACUCCGGAGCAGCGGGGGCGACGCUCAAGAAGACUGCAAACCAGGCGAAACAGGCAACAGGGGUACGCCGCCCGCCCCGUCCUCCUCGGCGCCGCGUCAACACGCUCUCCCUCGCUCUUCCGGACCCUUUUCCUCCGCCGCCUCAGCCCACCUCCAACGCCGAAACAGAGCCAGCUCGUUCCAGUGUAGGCGCCCGCUUCCGCCUCAUCCUCGGCACGAAGUCCCGCACGUCCUCUGCGCGUUUCCGCUUCACGUCACGAAGCAGCAAGUUGACAGAGCUGCGUCCCGAGGCCGCCACGCGUGUCCGCUUCGCGAUCGACGAGCGGGGCAUGGCACGCCUGAAUCGACCGCCUGAGACGGCAUCUGAGCGCGCGGCGCGCUUACUGGCCAAAGAGAGGCGGAGCCAGAGUCUCCGCGCGCGGCGCGAGAUGGCGCGGCGGGCCUUUGUCCGUCUCCAUAUCCAGCGCGCGAGGGAGGCCAGGCGCGAGGGGUCGGCCAUAGAGAGGUGGAGGGCCCGGGUUGCCGAUGAGGCGUGGGAGUGGGAGGACGAGAGCGAGGAGGAGGACGAAGAUGUGUUGGUGGCCAGGGCGGAGGCGAGAUGGGCUGCGACCAAGGCAAAUACUUAUGCUGCGGUCGGGGAGGAGUGCACGCACCGCAAUCCCCCGCGCGGCACUAAGAUGGUCCGUUUCGCCCGUUUGCCAGUUUACAGGCGUCCUCCGCCCAAGGGUGUCGUUCUGGAUAUCUUGUUUCCUCGCGGUGAGGUCCAGAAGAAGACCGAGAAGCCCAAGGAGCCCCUCGUCAUGAUCACCCGCACGGUUCUCAGGUCUCUCAGCACGCCAGGCCGGGACACCCUCCCACCCAAUCUGAAUGCGGAACAGAGGCGCAUCGUGAAGAGGGCGGAGACAAGGCGGGCGGAGAGUAUCCUCGUCCCGCUCCCUGUGGAGGAGAAGAACGGUGCGCAGGGAAGGUACGAAGCGGAGGAUAAGAACAGUACGGAGGAGAAGAGAAGUGAGGAGGAGCCGGAGAGCGCCAAGGAGAAGAAGGGCGUGAAGGAGAAGGGGAAGCAACGAGCGGCCGAGCCCCAGCCUCGGAGGCCUCGCAGAUUGGCGACGGUCAUGGAGGAGGACGAGGAAGAGGAGAUCGAUGUCGAGGAACAAUACAUGCUCGCAGUCAUCUUCGGUCUCGUCGGCGACGACCAGCCGGGAAGAUCGGGGGAGACGGCGCGCGAGAAGGAGGCGUUCAUCGAGGAGAUCGACUCGGACACGGAGUCGCUGGUGGAUGAAGUCCAGAAGGACGACGAGUGCUUCCCUGGACCUAGUACCUCAGCGACCGAGGCGCCGACGAAGGCAACGGAACCUAGCAUCAUCCAAGAUUCCCCCGAGAAGGGGGCAGAUGACCUGCAGGAGACCGUCGUCGCGGAGCCGAAUCUCGCGGCUGGCCCUUCGGCGAGCACGCCGCUCGCCACCUGUGCCAAGCCCGACAGUGAGGAAGAUUCUAAGGACGACAUUCCCAGGAUCCCAUGGGCCGCGAAGGGCAAGUGGAAGGCGGUGUCGAGUGACUCCGACGACGACGGCGUCGGGAUGUCGGUGCCCUAUCCACAUACGCCUGCGCCUCUGACUCCGGAGCCUUCGCCGGAUACGCCCUCGUCCAAGAUGGACGCUGAGCCGUUGAAGGAGCUGGAGGAGUCCGCUCCGUUGGAGAAGACGUCCCCGUCUCAGCAUCCUGAGAAAACUCUCCCCUCAGUUCCUUCCGAAGAGACACUCCAGUCGGUUCAGACCAGGAAGUCCCAUCGGCCGGUUCAGAUCGAGGAGAGACUCCCCUCGCUCCAGUUCAAGAAACCUUCAAUCCCGGCCCCGUCAACUGAGCCCAAGCCGAGCCCUGCGCCAAGCCCUGCGCCAACCCCCGCCUCCUCGGCCCCCCAGCCUCGUCGUCAGCUAAUGGAGGACAGCCCACGCUCCAUCACCCCUCACCCACCGCUCGUCACCCCGCCCCCGCCCGAGACAGAGUUCGCACCCGGCUCGCUGUCCUUCGCGACCCCUCUGGCCUGGAACCGGGUCCCGAUCAAGAUGAAGCCGAAGCCGCAGUGGAUCCCAUGGGCGAACCCGCGGGCGCAUCUCCAACCUCCUCCCGCGCCGCCUCCUGCCCCCACGCUCGCACGCUCACUCAAAGCCCAUGAAGAUGAGGGUGAGGAUGAGGGUGAGGAUGAGGGUGAGGAUGAGGAAGAGGAGCAGGAGGAGGUCUGGCACGACUGUCUCCCCGGCCCCUGGCCGCUGCGUAUCCCUAUGUUGCCCAGCACCCCGCCGCCCGCGUACCGCCCCCCGACGCCGCGAUUCCCGCCCCUGAGGUGGGUGCCGCAGGUCGUUGGGGGUGAGGAGCCGAGUCAGGAUCGGUACGCCCAGUACAUCGCGCGCGACCUGCCGGAGACGUUGGACGGGAUGGGCCGGCCGGUCCAGGACGAGGCUGCAGUGCCGGAGACAGAGGAGGAACUGCCCGGGUACGAGGAGCCUGCGCCUGAGCCUGGCCCCGAGCCCGAGGGGCCGAAUGAGGGUCUCCUCGUGCGUCUGCGCAGGCGCCUCUCUCGCCGCGAGGAGAGCAGUUCCGAAACCCACGUCGAGGAGGUUGCGGCGUAG